UUGUUAAAAAUGGCGGUGUUAAAAUUUCCCUCUUUUAUUGACGCCGACAAUUACAUCAGAGAGGAAGAAAUCAAAACGUGCGAACGUUUUGUUUUUUUGGCAAGACGUGGGUCACCGAAGUCUACAGAUAAUAGAUGCAUUUUUACAUCUGCUGUGUUUGCCUUUGGAUGGCAGUGUUCUCCAUGUAGCAAGUACAGUAUGGACUGCCAUAUUUUUGGCACAAGACCCUGAUAAACACAGGUAUUUAAGCGAGGUGCAGAUACUGGAGUAUGAUCAUCUGGUUGGAGCAGUCAAUGAGGGUGGAUUCCACUGGUCUCUUAUAGUUGUGCAACCGAAAGACAACAAAGUAUUGUACAUAAAUCCGAUGGGGGAGCAGAAUGUUUCCCAGCAACAGAUCCUGCAACAAUGGAUUAAAUUUGUGCACAUUCGGCGCUUAUCCAGCAUUGAUAUGGGCGGACCAAUACAUUGGAACAUACUCUGCCCACGUCAUGCAAAACAGUCAGAUUCAAUAUCUUGCGGUGUCUACGUUUUAAAGAAUCAAUCCCUAGAGUUUGUGCUCAGCAAAACACAACUACUAGAAGAACGGAGACGAAUAGCCAGAAGACUGCUUUCUGAAGGGGAAUUCAUUGGAGGUCAUCUAGAAGAGAUAGCAAGUAGCCCAUCAGUCGAACAUGAGAACUCGGACCAGCUGGCAAACACCCCUGCCUCUGCCAUGGAGUUGGAAGGGGGAGACACUGACCCAGUAGUCGAUCAUGUGGCGACAACUAGGAACUCGGACCAGCUGGCAAACACCCCUGCCUCUGCCAUGGAGUUGGAAGGGGGAGACACUGACCCAGUAGUCGAUCAUGUGGCGACAACUAGGAACUCGGACCAGCUGGCAAACAACCCUGCCUCUGCCAUGGAGUUGGAAGAGGGAGACACUGACCCAGUAGUCGAUCAUGUGGCAACAACCAGGGAGUCAAGAUAUCCAGCCAGAGCGAGUACAUCAAAGGUUUGUGGCAGACAUUACCUGUUGACUUAUCAAAGAGGGAUGUAUUUAGCUUUACCCUCCCAUCAAAACAUGCACCUUUUCGCAGAGAGUCCAUUAUUUAUUAUUAACCUAAGAGUCAGAGAAACUCAUUGUCUGUGCAACAUGCCGGAUGAUGGAAGAGAGUACUGGCAGUGUGAAGGAUGCUUUAAAUGGUUCCAUCCGGAAUGUGUUGGUGAGUCAGUGGAACCAGAAAAGUACAAGUGCGCAUCAUGUUCACACAAGUGAACCAUACUAUUCUGUCGUAAAACAGUUGCGGGGAGUUAAAGAUCCCAACCUAAAAGCUUAUCUUGCGAAGGAUAAAUAGUGAGUCAAAGCGGACACAGUUGAUGAGGAAAUAUGCAUCCAGCAUUGGAAGCAAAAUUUUUCUUUAAAAAAAUACAAUUAAUUUAAUGAGGUAGUUUACAUAAUGCCCUGUCUGUUGGUUUGUUUGUUUGUGCAAACCUUAACAUUUGCAAUAACUUUUGCAAUAUUAAAGGUAGCAACUUCAUAUAUAGCAUGCAUGUGUAUCUCAAGGAUCUACACACUUUGAGUUGUGUAAGGUCAAGGUAUUUUUUUUGUUGGUAAAAUUGAUGAAUUAAUAUGACAUCUCUUUGCAAAUUGUUUAAAAAUUAAUACAUAACUUGUUUCAGAAACAUUGUUUAAUAACAUUCGAUUGUCAUUUAUUCGAAUUUGAAAGUUGUCAAAAGUAAUUAUUUCUCCCUAUACGGUAGCUUUAGGUUUAUGUGAUAUGUCAUAAGAAAACUAGUCUUCAUUGCAUUACAAAUUAAUGAAGCAUUCUUUACAUUUGCUUUUAUGACAAAAAAAACUAGUUUAGACUUGUAAAAUUGAUAAAAAUAAUUAUUUGAACAUAAAGUUUGACCAGAGUGAACAAUUUAAACACACAAGUUUAUAACGACGUGUAUCUUGUGCUUUGCAUUUGUUUAAAAGUUGCCUUAUAAUUGUGCGAAGCAUGUCUUCUCAAAUUAAAAAUGCAUCUUAUUCAAAGGUGAUCAGAACUAAAUGUGUUGUUUUUUUAUAAUUCAGGGAUAAAAAAAAUCAGACUAAGAAACCAUAUACAAUAAUUCAUAGUCUGUUGUCUUCACAGAGAGAAACUUCAAUAAAAAAAAUAUGCUGUCAUUUUAUAAUACCUUCGUGUUUGCCUCACGGUUGCCUAUUGAUUUGUUUUAAAAUAGGAAGUUUAUAAUGAGGUAUAUAACACAAAGAAAUUUCAUAUUUGAAUCAUUUUUAUGCUCCUCUAAAAAAUUCUUGUCUGAGCUUUUUCUCAGCAACUUAUUACGGGAAUUCAAUGAAACUUUAUGGGAAGCUUCACUACCAAGAGGAGAUGUGCAUGUUAUCAGCCAGUUAUGGUCGGAUGAUUUUUCACAGAGUUAUGGCCCAUUGAAAUUUUCCAUUAACUGUACAUAUUGUGCAUUCUUGUUCGGGCUAUUUUAGCAACUAAUGUCUGCAAUUGAAUGAAACUUUAUGGGAAGCUUCACUACCAACAGGACAUGUGCAUAUUAUCAGCAAGUUAUGUUCGGAUGAUUUUUCACAGAGUUAUGGCCCUUUGAAAUUUUCAAUAUACUGUACAUAUAGUGCAAUUCUUGUCUGGGCUAUUUAUCCCCAACUAAUGACUUGAAUUCAAUGAAGUUUUAUGGGAAGCUUAACUGCCUUGAAGAGAUGUGCAUGUUAUUUGUGGGUUCUGGUUAGAUGAUUUAUUUAGAGACUCAUGGCCCUUUGAAAUUGUUAAGUUGCUAAACCAUCCAUCCUAUUAUUUUGUCCAAAGUUAUGCCCCUCAAGAUGUUUCCUUUUAUCUGAAUAUAUAGUGCAAUAUUGUGACCAAAAAAAACUUUGGGGAGCUUCACCCAUCUCUGACGGCUUGUUUUAAUUAAAUAUUAAUUGUAAAUCCCAUAUCACCUUUUAUCAUACUUUUUUGUAAUUUACAACUUGGUUUUCUGACAAUUGUUUUCCUUGUUUUGUUUCAAAUAGGCAUGAUAUGGUUACUAUUAAAUCAACUUCAUAUGUUCUUCCCUUGUGAUAAGUAUUUUUUAUAUCUAUUUCUUAAUAUUUUUCAGUAGUAAUAAUGUCUAAGAAUGUAUCUGGGUAGAAUGAAUAUCUGUUCUUUUAAAGGUUGUAACUGAUGCUCUAUUUCUUUUGGACAUGACAUGUUACUGUCUCGUUUGUACAGAGAUUCAAUUAAAUACUACAUUUUAUUAUGUGUGAUUCUAUUUUUGUGUUCCAAAUAGGCAGUCUGACAUAUUAGGUAUAUUGAAAACUCUUACAUAUAACAUUUGUAAGUAUCUGUUAUUAAUGAUAGUUAAAUGAAACAAUGGUUGUAUAGUUGUGUAUAUUACAAAGUAUAAUUAUUGUUAUAUUUCGAAAUAUGUUUAUGUUUAUAUUUUAAUUUUCAUACACUUUCAACUAUAAUUUGUAAUAGUGCCGUUGCUACUUAAAUUUUAUGUGGUUUGGAUGCUCACUGUUAUAUUCUAUGCUCCUUCAAAAUACAAUUAAGGUUUCACCUUAACGGUUAUAACGCGAGUGAAAAGCAUCCAUAUGUAGCAAUAUACACUGUAAACAUGUGAUUUAAAACAAGUUUUGUUCAAUUAUCUGUAAAGUUCAUUCAUAACUAUUUUAUAACAUGUCUGCUAAAUCCACUUACUGUAUUCAAGCAUUUUGCAUUAUUGUUUUUGUUUAACACUAGAAACUGUAAAGUUUAUGUGUAAUAAAAUUAUGUUCUGUUCUGUAAUGAUUGUAUGCUGAUGUAGUUGUUGCAUUAACAUUAAGUAGACAUAAAAA